AUGUUCUAUUCCUUACUGGAGGUUUCCUUUAUCAGGUUUAUGCAGCAGGACCAGCUAGGCCUACUGGAGGAGCAGCUGCUAUUGCUAUGCUAUCAACAUGCUGCCUACUUCGUUGCUGAUCCUGACUACUUCGUAUUUCACUAUCCAUAUAAUAAGUACUUGAAGCAGUUACCGCAGAUAUCAAUUGAAGAUGGUACAUUGGAUUUAGUGGUGAUUGGUUGUGGCCCAGCUGGUCUCGCUUUGGCUGCGGAAUUAGCAAAGUUAGGAUUGAGUGUUGGGCUUAUUGGUCCAGAUCUUCCUUUCACAAAUCAUUAUGGCGUAUGGGAGGAUGAAUUUAAAGAUCUUGGCCUUGGGAGGUGCAUUGAGCGUGUUUGGCAGGAUACCAUUGUAUAUCUUGAUGAUGGUGAUCAAAUUUUGAUUGGUCGUGCUUAUGGACGAGUCAAUCGACAUUUGCUCCAUGAGGAACUGUUGAAAAGGUGUCUCGAGUCAGGUGUUUCAUAUCUUAGCUCAAAAGUAGAAAGGAUUACAGAAGCUUCCAAUGGUCAUAGUCUUGUAGUUUGUGAACGUGAUAUUGUUAUCCCCUGCAGGCUUGCUACUGUUGCAUCUGGGGCUGCUUCAGGGAAACUCUUACAGUAUGAGGUGGGUGGUCCCAGGGUUUCUGUCCAAACAGCUUAUGGGGUGGAGGUUGAGGUGGAAAACAAUCCAUAUGAUCCAAGUCUGAUGGUUUUCAUGGACUACAGAGACCACAUUAAACAAAAAGUUCAAUGUUUAGAAGUGCAAUAUCCAACAUUUCUCUAUGUCAUGCCCAUGUCACCAACAAGAGUCUUCUUUGAGGAAACUUGUUUGGCUUCAAAAGAUGCUAUGCCUUUUGAUCUACUAAAGAAAAAGCUCAUGUCAAGGCUAGAGACAAUGGGAAUACGAAUUAUAAGAACUUAUGAAGAGGAAUGGUCUUAUAUCCCUGUUGGUGGAUCCUUACCAAAUACAGAGCAAAAAAACCUUGCAUUUGGUGCUGCUGCUAGCAUGGUACAUCCAGAGAAACAGAGGAGAAACAGAGGAGAAACCGGGCUGGUGCCCUAACCCACAUUUGCCUCCCUGUGCAGCAUAUGUUUCUAUCAUCGUCUAUUCAUUUUUGUUCUCUCUUUCACACAUUGAUAUGUAGACAUUAAAUGGGCAUGAAAGUUCCUCCUUCAUGGGCCAUUAUAGAUGAAA